AUGGAAAGCAUAAAGGAACUGCAUAAGAACAAACAACAUGCUGAACUGAAGAAGAAGAUUGCAGAACUUGAGAAUAGGUUAACUGAGGAACAGAAACAUACUGUGGAACAUGUUCGGGAUGUGUGCUAUGGCGUAUGGGAGGUGCAGAGUUCUCGCAAAAGAAGAGAACAACACGAACAUAAACUUGAUGAAGAAAUGAAGAAGUACCUAUCCUGGCUCACCCCUGAACAGAUGACCCAAGUUAAGGAGAAAUUCGAAAAAGAUGGCAGGGAACCUGGCUACAAAAUGGUGAUGGAUUUGUUCGAGUCAUCAACUGGGGAUGUGAAGGCUAAAGCUAAGGAAGACCUGAAGGCAGCCUGCCAACACUUUGGAAAGGAUGUACUUGGAGAGAAGAACGUGGAGAUCAUUAAAGAAAUGAAGGAUGGAGGUGCUACUCACGAAGAGAUUUCUAAGCGGGUGGAAGAAAUGGUUGCUGAAAUGCCAGAUUCAGAAAAGAAGGAAAGAGCCCAAAAAUUCGCAGCUGGAUGUAAGAAGGUCUAUGGUGCAUCUACUAGAAGAAGAAGAGGUCAAGAGCUGUACACUUUGGAGAAGGCUCUCGAAAAUUAUUUAACUUGGCUGACUGAUGCGCAGAAGGAAGAUUUGAAGUCGCUUAAAGCGGCAGGUAACAAGGAUGCGAUCUACACAAAGAUUAUCAUCUAUAUGAAUGCAGCUACUGGGGAUCAGAAGAAGAAGGCCAUAGAAGAAGUGCAAACCGGCUGCAAACAUUAUAUCAGAAAUAUUGUGGGAGAAGAGAAGGCUGACGAGCUCAAGCAGAUGAGAGAGAGCGGGGUUCCUGUUGAUGAGAUUGCACAGAAGGUUGACGCGCUGGUGGAAGAACUAACCAAUGAGGAGGUAAAAGCUCAGGCAAAGAAGGCGGCACCAAUUUGCAAAGCGGUAUUUUAUACUCCAAAACGAUUUAGACGAGACAAAGAUGAGUAUAAGCUCGACGAAGACAUGAGGAAGUUUUUAACCUGGUUGACACCAGAUCAACUGAGCAAGGUUGAGGAGAGGUUUAAGCAGGAAGGUAGACAACCUGGAUACGAUUUGGUAAUGGAGAUGUUUGCCGCUGCUAGCGGUGACGUCAAGGCAAAGGCCAGUGAAGAGUUGAAGUCUGCUUGCAAACACUAUGGUAGAAAGAUCUUUGGAGACAAGAACGCCGACAUCAUUAAGGAAAUGAAGGAAAGUGGAGCCUCACACGAAGCGAUAUCGAAGAAAGUCGAGGAAAUGAUUGCAGAAAUUUCCGAUCCUUCGAUGAAGGACAGGGCUGAGAAGAUGACCGCUGGAUGUAAGAAAGUCUACGCAGCCACGAGGCGAAGAAGAGGUCAAGAGCUUUUCACUUUAGAGAAAGCCCUCGAAAAUUACCUCACAUGGUUGACGGAUGAGCAAAAAGAGGAGCUCAAGUCGUUAAAAGCAGCAGGCAAUAAGGAUGAGAUCUAUAAAAAGAUUGUAUCUUACUUAGAUGCCGCUACAGGAGACCAAAAGAAGAAGGCCAUUGAAGACGUGCAGACUGGAUGCAAACAUUAUAUCAGAAAUAUUGCUGGUGAUGAAAAAGCUGAUGAAUUUAAGGAAAUGAGAGAAAGUGGUGUUUCUGUUGAUGAGAUUGCGAAAAAGGUUGAUGCUUUGGUCGAAGAACUCACUAACGAAGAAGUAAAGGAGCAAGCGAAAAAGGCUAAGAUGAUUUGCAAAGCAGUGUUCUCCGCUCCUAAACGUCUUAGGAGAGGUCAGGAAUACCUCACCCUGGAGAAAGCUCUCGAGAAUUACUUGACUUGGCUUAAUGAUAAGCAGAAAGCUGAGCUGAAAUCUCUUAAAGAGGCUGGCAACAAAGACGAAAUUUACAAGAAGGUCGUU